CGGGGACUUGGGAUGGAGGUGGAUUAUGGCGGUCUUAUAAAGAGGUGCCGCUGCGUGGAGAUGCUCAGACAGCAUCGUCAGGCCUGCAGGUGCCCACAUUUCCCCCGGUCCGGAGUUUGAUUGGAAAAGCGGCUCGCUUAACAUGCAUGUCUUACUGGUGAUCUGCGGCCUCCUUCCUCCGCUGUUCGGUCCGGCUGUUCCCAUGUGUGCGCCCACUGACUACACCUUGUAUGUGGAGAAGCCGGAGUGUGACUACUGUGUGGCGAUCAACACGACCAUUUGCGUGGGAUUCUGCUACUCGAGGGACAGCAACAUAAAAGCUGUAGUAGGACCACGCUUCGUUGUCCAGAGGCGCUGUACCUACGACGAGGUGGAGUAUCGCACGGCCAUACUGCCCGGUUGCCCUAUGGACGCCAACCCAGCCUUCAGUUACCCCGUGGCUCUCAGCUGCCAUUGCAGCACCUGCAAGACCGACAGCGAUGAGUGUGUCCACAGGGCCAUCAAGGACAGAGCUAGCUGUACCAAGCCCCAGAGACACGUCUACCCGUAUCCUCACCAGGAUGACGACACGCUCCCAUUCUGAGUCCGGUACUGCUGCUGCUGUCACCGACACCCCAGAGGCGGCGCAUUGUUGAUUGAUCCAGCUUGCUUGUGUGUUUAUUUUCUGUGGGACA